UGGGGCCGUAACAUAUUUUCUAAUUGAGAAGGAUAUGGAGUGCGAGCAGGAAAACAUAAUCUUGAGGAUUGAAAAGACAAAGGAGAGACUAACCAUCUUAAACAAAAUGAGAGUUCUCUACAACAAGGAUUUCAACUCCAAUGACGGAAACUGUCUUCGAGCUACAACGAUGAUCAUGACACAAGUGUUCCAAUCUUUCGCAUAUGACAAGGAAUUGGGACUAGCAGUUGUUGAUAAUUCUAUCAAAGUUGAUGGCGGGUGGAGUAACUUCAGUGAAUGGUUAGAGUGUUCCAAGACUUGUGGAGGAGGAUCCCAGACACGGACCAGAACAUGCACAAAUCCUUCUCCCGCUAACGGUGGAGAAGAUUGUCAGGGAGAAGACAGUGAAUCUCAAGAUUGCAACCCACAAGAAUGUCCAGUUGAUGGCGGAUGGAGUAACUUCAGUGAAUGGUUAGAGUGUUCCGAGACUUGUGGAGGAGGAUCCCAGACACGAACCAGAACAUGCACAAAUCCUUCUCCCGCUAACGGUGGAGAAGAUUGUCAGGGAGAAGACAGUGAAUCUCAAGAUUGCAACCCACAAGAAUGUCCAGUUGAUGGCGGGUGGAGUAACUUCAGUGAAUGGUUAGAGUGUUCCAAGACUUGUGGAGGAGGAUCCCAGACACGAACCAAAACAUGCACAAAUCCUUCUCCCGCUAACGGUGGAGAAGAUUGUCAGGGAGAAGACAGUGAAUCUCAAGAUUGCAACUCACAAGAAUGUCCAGUUGAUGGCGGGUGGAGUAACUUCAGUGAAUGGUUAGAGUGUUCCAAGACUUGUGGAGGAGGAUCCCAGACACGAACCAGAACAUGCACAAAUCCUUCUCCCGCUAACGGUGGAGAAGAUUGUCAGGGAGAAGACAGUGAAUCUCAAGAUUGCAACCCACAAGAAUGUCCAGUUGAUGGCGGGUGGAGUAACUUCAGUGAAUGGUUAGAGUGUUCCAAGACUUGUGGAACAGGAAGGCAGACACGAACCAGAACCUGCACAAAGCCUGCUUCUGCUCACGGUGGAUCUGAAUGUGUAGGAGAAAACACUGAGGAACAGAAUUGCAACUCACAAAGCUGCCCUAUUGAUGGCGGAUGGAGUGACUAUGGAGAGUGGUCAGAGUGUUCUAAAAGAUGUGGAGGAGGAUCCCAGUCAAGAACCAGAACCUGCACAAAGCCUUCUCCUGCUCACGGUGGAGCUGAAUGUGCAGGAGACAGCACUGAGACUCAAGAUUGCAACUCACAAGAAUGCAACAUGUCAGAUGAUAAUACAACAUUUCUCAAAUCAAUUUUCCAAGUCCUGACGAUGAUGCCGUUGGUUUUUGUGUUUUUAACGCUCGCUAGUUUACAUUUUAUCACGACGGAGUGUCAACAAGAAGCGGUGCUACCAUCAUUAAAAAUAAUCAUCAACCAAAGUGGUGUCAAGAAGCUGGAAGAUGUGCUUCACAAGAAGAUGAGGGUAUUCGAGGAAAAGUUGACGAACAAGGGCGCAAUAAAAUUCCUUGAUAUCUCGUCCAGCAGCUACAAAGUAACGGAUCUGCAAGUCUCGGAAAUGACAUUGAAACGUCCGGAAAUACAGAUCGUUCCAGGAGUCGGAUUAAAAGUGAGUCAGAACAUUAGUUCGUCUGUUGUUGAGGGGGACUAUGAAGUUAAGGCAUUCAUUUUCUGGGUCAACGGAAAGAUCACCAUGAAGAUGUCGCUAAUGCUCGAAGUGACAGCAGGAGUAGAUAACUUAGCAGAGGGGCAACUGGCAGCCGUCAGCAAGGCGUGCAGUGUUACUUUCCGCUCAUUUGAUCUAGACUUACAUAAUAGCAUAUACUCAGCUGUUGCCAGCCUAAUGGAGGGAACCAUCACUAGACAAAUCGAGAUAGCUGUUUGCGAGCACGUGGAGAAGCAGUUCGGUGAUUUAAACAUAAUAGACAACAUUCCCUUUCAAGAUUCGAUAGAAAAAGACAGUCCGGGUGUUAUUUUUGAAGCUGACAGGAUUGAAUUUUACGCAAGACUUACCAAAGAUACAAAUCUUCAUCAAAUGCCUGGUAAAACGAACGAAGGAAAUUGUAACUUGGGCUGCUGGAAAGACAAAAAAACCAGAGCAAUAGCUGGCGGCAAAAGAAACUACGACAAUCCAAUAGAAAAAUGUUACAAAUUCGCCAAGGAAGUGGGCUAUUCAGUGUUCGCAAUUCAAAACGACAAGGAGUGUUUUACAGCCGAAGAUGCUCAUGAAACCUACAAGAAAUAUGGAAGAGCAACUAACUGCGAAGAUGGAAGGGGAGGUUCCUGGGCUCUAAACGUUUACCUGGUGACUCGUGAAUUUAACGGAACGUGGACUACUUGGGGUGUGUGGUCGAGUUGCUCAGCAAAAUGUGGAGGAGGCCACAAGACAAGGAGAAAAACCUGCACUAAUCCUGCUCCUCUUCACGGUGAAGCUAAAUGUGCAGGAGACAGCACUGAUACUAAGUCUUGCAACACUGAAAGCUGCUCGAUUAAUGGCGGAUGGAGUAACUAUGGAGACUGGUCAGAGUGUUCUAAAACAUGUGGAAGAGGAUCCCAGACACGAACCAGAACCUGCACAAAUCCUGCUCCUGCUCACGGUGGAGCAGAUUGUCCGGGAGAAAGCACUGAGACUAAGUCUUGCAACACUCAAGACUGCCCGGUUAAUGGCGGAUGGAACAUCUAUGAAGAGUGGUCAGACUGUUCUCAGGAAUGUGGAACAGGAACCCAAACACGAACCAGAACCUGCACAAAUCCUGCUCCUACUCACGGUGGAGCAGAUUGUCCGGGAGACAGCACUGAGACUAAGUCUUGCAACACUCAAGACUGCCCGGUUAAUGGCGGAUGGAACAUCUAUGAAGAGUGGUCAGACUGUUCUCAGGAAUGUGGAACAGGAACCCAAACACGAACCAGAACCUGCACAAAUCCUGCUCCUGCUCACGGUGGAGCAGAUUGUCCGGGAGAAAGCACUGAGACUAAGUCUUGCAACACUCAAGACUGCCCGGUUAAUGGCGGAUGGAACAUCUAUGAAGAGUGGUCAGACUGUUCUCAGGAAUGUGGAACAGGAACCCAAACACGAACCAGAACCUGCACAAAUCCUGCUCCUGCUCACGGUGGAGCUGAAUGUGCAGGAGACAGCACUGAGACUCAGCCAUGCAACACUGAAAGCUGCCCGAUUGAUGGCGGAUGGAGUGACUAUGGAGAGUGGUCAGAGUGUUCUAAAACAUGUGGAAGAGGAAUCCAAACACGAACCAGAACCUGCACAAAUCCUGCUCCUCUUCACGAUGGAGCUGCAUGUGCAGGAGACAGCACUGAGACUAAGUCUUGCAACACUGAAAUCUGCUCGAUUAAUGGCGGAUGGAGUAACUAUGGAGACUGGUCAGAGUGUUCUAAAACAUGUGGAGGAGGAUCCCAGUCACGAACCAGAACCUGCACAAAUCCUGCUCCUCUUCACGAUGGAGCUGAAUGUGCAGGAGACAGCACUGAGACUCAGCCAUGCAACACUGAAAGCUGCCCGGUUAAUGGCGGAUGGACUAACUAUGAAGAGUGGUCAGAGUGCUCUAAAACAUGUGGAGGAGGAUCUCAGUCAAGAACCAGAACCUGCACAAAUUCUGCUCCUCUUCACGGUGGAGCUGAAUGUGCAGGAGACAGCACUGAUACUAAGUCUUGCAACACUGAAAGCUGCCCGAUUAAUGGCGGAUGGACUAAUUAUGGAGACUGGUCAGAGUGUUCUAAAACAUGUGGAAGAGGAUCUCAGUCAAGAACCAGAACCUGCACAAAUCCUGCUCCUCUUCACGAUGGAGCUGAAUGUGCAGGAGACAGCACUGAGACUCAGCCAUGCAACACUGAAAGCUGCCCGGUUAAUGGCGGAUGGACUAACUAUGGAGACUGGUCAGAGUGUUCUAAAACAUGUGGAAGAGGAUCCCAGUCAAGAACCAGAACCUGCACACAGCCUAGUCCUCUUCACGAUGGAGCUGAAUGUGCAGGAGACAGCACUGAGACUCAGCCAUGCAACACUGAAAGCUGCUCGAUUAAUGGCGGAUGGAGUAACUAUGGAGACUGGUCAGAGUGUUCUAAAACAUGUGGAAGAGGAAUCCAAACACGAACCAGAACCUGCACAAAUCCUGCUCCUCUUCACGAUGGAGCUGAAUGUGCAGGAGACAGCACUGAGACUAAGUCUUGCAACACUGAAAGCUGCUCGAUUAAUGGCGGAUGGAAGUGCUCUGUUGCGUGUGGAAGAGGAUCCCAGUUAAGAACCAGAACCUGCACAAAGCCUGCUCCUGCUCACGGUGGAGCUGAAUGUGUAGGAGACAGCACUGAGACUCAGCCAUGCAACACUGAAAGCUCCCCGAUUAAUGGCGGAUGGAGUGACUAUGGAGAGUGGUCAGAGUGUUCUAAAACAUGUGGAAGAGGAAUCCAAACACGAACCAGAACCUGCACAAAUCCUGCUCCUCUUCACGAUGGAGCUGCAUGUGCAGGAGACAGCACUGAGACUAAGUCUUGCAACACUGAAAUCUGCUCGAUUAAUGGCGGAUGGAGUAACUAUGGAGACUGGUCAGAGUGUUCUAAAACAUGUGGAGGAGGAUCCCAGUCACGAACCAGAACCUGCACAAAUCCUGCUCCUCUUCACGAUGGAGCUGAAUGUGCAGGAGACAGCACUGAGACUCAGCCAUGCAACACUGAAAGCUGCCCGGUUAAUGGCGGAUGGACUAACUAUGAAGAGUGGUCAGAGUGCUCUAAAACAUGUGGAGGAGGAUCUCAGUCAAGAACCAGAACCUGCACAAAUUCUGCUCCUCUUCACGGUGGAGCUGAAUGUGCAGGAGACAGCACUGAUACUAACUCUUGCAACACUGAAAGCUGCCCGAUUAAUGGCGGAUGGACUAACUAUGGAGACUGGUCAGAGUGUUCUAAAACAUGUGGAAGAGGAUCUCAGUCAAGAACCAGAACCUGCACAAAUCCUGCUCCUCUUCACGAUGGAGCUGAAUGUGCAGGAGACAGCACUGAGACUCAGCCAUGCAACACUGAAAGCUGCCCGGUUAAUGGCGGAUGGACUAACUAUGGAGACUGGUCAGAGUGUUCUAAAACAUGUGGAAGAGGAUCCCAGUCAAGAACCAGAACCUGCACACAGCCUAGUCCUCUUCACGAUGGAGCUGAAUGUGCAGGAGACAGCACUGAGACUCAGCCAUGCAACACUGAAAGCUGCUCGAUUAAUGGCGGAUGGAGUAACUAUGGAGACUGGUCAGAGUGUUCUAAAACAUGUGGAAGAGGAAUCCAAACACGAACCAGAACCUGCACAAAUCCUGCUCCUCUUCACGAUGGAGCUGAAUGUGCAGGAGACAGCACUGAGACUAAGUCUUGCAACACUGAAAGCUGCUCGAUUAAUGGCGGAUGGAGUAACUAUGGAGACUGGUCAGAGUGUUCUAAAACAUGUGGAAGAGGAUCCCAGACACGAACCAGAACCUGCACAAAUCCUGCUCCUCUUCACGAUGGAGCUGAAUGUGCAGGAGACAGCACUGAGACUAAGCCAUGCAAUACUGAAAGCUGCCCGGUUAAUGGCGGAUGGACUAAUUAUGGAGACUGGUCAGAGUGUUCUAAAACAUGUGGAAGAGGAUCUCAGUCAAGAACCAGAACCUGCACAAAUCCUGCUCCUCUUCACGAUGGAGCUGAAUGUGCAGGAGACAGCACUGAGACUCAGCCAUGCAACACUGAAAGCUGCUCGAUUAAUGGCGGAUGGAGUAACUAUGGAGACUGGUCAGAGUGUUCUAAAACAUGUGGAAGAGGAAUCCAAACACGAACCAGAACCUGCACAAAUCCAGGUCCUCUUCACGAUGGAGCUGCAUGUGCAGGAAACAUCACUGAGACUCAGCCAUGCAACACUGAAAGCUGCCCGGUUGAUGGCGGAUGGAGUGAAUAUGGAACCUGGUCAGUGUGCUCUAAGGAAUGUGGAACAGGAACCCAGUCAAGAACCAGAAUCUGCACAAAUCCAGCUCCUCUUCACGGUGGAGCUGAAUGUGCAGGAGACAGCACUGAGACUCAGCCAUGCAACACUGAAAGCUGCCCGGUUAAUGGCGGAUGGACUAACUAUGGAGAGUGGUCAGAGUGUUCUAAAACAUGUGGAGGAGGAUCCCAGUCACGAACCAGAACCUGCACAAAUCCUGCUCCUCUUCACGAUGGAGCUGAAUGUGCAGGAGACAGCACUGAGACUCAGCCAUGCAACACUGAAAGCUGCCCAGUUAAUGGCGGAUGGAGUAACUAUGGAGAGUGGUCAGAGUGUUCUAAAACAUGUGGAGGAGGAAUCCAAACACGAACCAGAACCUGCACAAAUCCUGCUCCUCUUCACGAUGGAGCUGCAUGUGCAGGAGACAGCACUGAGACUCAGCCAUGCAACACUGAAAGCUGCCCGGUUAAUGGCGGAUGGAGUGAAUAUGGAACCUGGUCAGUGUGCUCUAAGGAAUGUGGAACAGGAACCCAGUCAAGAACCAGAAUCUGCACAAAUCCAGCUCCUCUUCACGGUGGAGCUGAAUGUGCAGGAGACAGCACUGAGACUCAGCCAUGCAACACUGAAAGCUGCCCGGUUAAUGGCGGAUGGACUAACUAUGGAGAGUGGUCAGAGUGUUCUAAAACAUGUGGAGGAGGAUCCCAGUCACGAACCAGAACCUGCACAAAUCCUGCUCCUCUUCACGAUGGAGCUGAAUGUGCAGGAGACAGCACUGAGACUCAGCCAUGCAACACUGAAAGCUGCCCAGUUAAUGGCGGAUGGAGUAACUAUGGAGAGUGGUCAGAGUGUUCUAAAACAUGUGGAGGAGGAUCUCAAUCAAGAACCAGAAUCUGCACAAAUCCAGCUCCUCUUCACGGUGGAGCUGAAUGUGCAGGAGACAGCACUGAGACUCAGCCAUGCAACACUGAAAGCUGCCCGGUUAAUGGCGGAUGGACUAACUAUGGAGACUGGGCAGAGUGCUCUGUUACGUGUGGAAGAGGAUCCCAGUCAAGAACCAGAACCUGCACAAAGCCUGCUCCUCUUCACGGUGGAACUGAAUGUGUAGGAGAAAACACUGAGGAACAGAAUUGCAACUCACAAAGCUGCCCUGUUGAUGGCGGAUGGAGUGACUAUGGAGAGUGCUGCCCUGUUGAUGGCGGAUGGAGUGAAUAUGGAGAGUGGUCAGAGUGCUCUGUUCCGUGUGGAGGAGGAUCCCAGUCAAGAACCAGAACCUGCACAAAUCCUGCUCCUCUUCACGGUGGAGCUGAAUGUGCAGGAGACAGCACUGAGACUCAGCCAUGCAACACUGAAAGCUGCCCGAUUAAUGGCGGAUGGAGUAACUAUGGAGACUGGUCAGUGUGCUCUGUUCCGUGUGGAGGAGGAUCCCAGUCAAGAACCAGAACCUGCACAAAUCCUGCUCCUCUUCACGGUGGAGCUGAAUGUGCAGGAGACAGCACUGAUACUCAGCCAUGCAACACUGAAAGCUGCCCGAUUAAUGGCGGAUGGACUAACUAUGGAGACUGGUUGGAGUGCUCUGUUACAUGUGGAGGAGGAUCUCAGUCAAGAACCAGAACCUGCACAAAUCCUGCUCCUCUUCACGGUGGAGCUGAAUGUGCAGGAGACAGCACUGAUACUCAGCCAUGCAACACUGAAAGCUGCCCGAUUAAUGGCGGAUGGACUAACUAUGGAGACUGGGCAGAGUGCUCUGUUACGUGUGGAGGAGGAUCCCAGUCAAGAACCAGAACCUGCACAAAUCCUGCUCCUCUUCACGGUGGAGCUGAAUGUGCAGGAGACAGCACUGAGACUCAGCCAUGCAACACUGAAAGCUGCCCGAUUAAUGGCGGAUGGAGUAACUAUGGAGACUGGGCAGAGUGUUCUAAAACAUGUGGAGGAGGAUCCCAGUCAAGAACCAGAACCUGCACAAAUCCAGUUCCUCUUCACGAUGGAGCUGAAUGUGCAGGAGACAGCACUGAGACUCAGCCAUGCAACACUGAAAGCUGCCCGGUUAAUGGCGGAUGGAGUGAAUUUGGAACCUGGUCAGUGUGCUCUAAGGAAUGUGGAACAGGAACCCAGUCAAGAACCAGAAUCUGCACAAAUCCAGCUCCUCUUCACGGUGGAGCUGAAUGUGCAGGAGACAGCACUGAGACUCAGCCAUGCAACACUGAAAGCUGCCCGGUUAAUGGCGGAUGGACUAACUAUGGAGAGUGGUCAGAGUGUUCUAAAACAUGUGGAGGAGGAUCCCAGUCACGAACCAGAACCUGCACAAAUCCUGCUCCUCUUCACGAUGGAGCUGAAUGUGCAGGAGACAGCACUGAGACUCAGCCAUGCAACACUGAAAGCUGCCCAGUUAAUGGCGGAUGGAGUAACUAUGGAGAGUGGUCAGAGUGUUCUAAAACAUGUGGAGGAGGAAUCCAAACACGAACCAGAACCUGCACAAAUCCUGCUCCUCUUCACGGUGGAACUGAAUGUGCAGGAGACAGCACUGAGACUCAGCCAUGCAACACUGAAAGCUGCCCGUGUGCUCUAAGGAAUGUGGAAGAGGAUCCCAGUCAAGAACCAGAAUCUGCACAAAUCCAGCUCCUCUUCACGGUGGAGCUGAAUGUGCAGGAGACAGCACUGAGACUCAGCCAUGCAACACUGAAAGCUGACCGGUUAAUGGCGGAUGGACUAACUAUGGAGAGUGGUCAGAGUGUUCUAAAACAUGUGGAGGAGGAUCCCAGUCACGAACCAGAACCUGCACAAAUCCUGCUCCUCUUCACGAUGGAGCUGAAUGUGCAGGAGACAGCACUGAGACUCAGCCAUGCAACACUGAAAGCUGCCCAGUUAAUGGCGGAUGUAGUAACUAUGGAGAGUGGUCAGAGUGUUCUAAAACAUGUGGAGGAGGAUCUCAAUCAAGAACCAGAACCUGCACAAAUCCUGCUCCUCUUCACGAUGGUGCUGAAUGUGCAGGAGACAGCACUGAGACUCAGCCAUGCAACACUGAAAGCUGCCCGGUUAAUGGCGGAUGGACUAACUAUGGAGACUGGGCAGAGUGCUCUGUUACGUGUGGAAGAGGAUCCCAGUCAAGAACCAGAACCUGCACAAAGCCUGCUCCUCUUCACGGAGAAAGCACUGACGAACAGAAUUGCAACUUACAAAGCUGCCCUGUUGAUGGCGGAUGGAGUGACUAUGGAGAGUGGUCAGAGUGCUCUGUUCCGUGUGGAGGAGGAUCCCAGUCAAGAACCAGAACCUGCACAAAUCCUGCUCCUCUUCACGGUGGAGCUGAAUGUGCAGGAGACAGCACUGAGACUCAGCCAUGCAACACUGAAAGCUGCCCGAUUAAUGGCGGAUGGAGUAACUAUGGAGACUGGUCAGUGUGCUCUGUUCCGUGUGGAGGAGGAUCCCAGUCAAGAACCAGAACCUGCACAAAUCCUGCUCCUCUUCACGGUGGAGCUGAAUGUGCAGGAGACAGCACUGAUACUCAGCCAUGCAACACUGAAAGCUGCCCGAUUAAUGGCGGAUGGACUAACUAUGGAGACUGGUUGGAGUGCUCUGUUACAUGUGGAGGAGGAUCUCAGUCAAGAACCAGAACCUGCACAAAUCCUGCUCCUCUUCACGGUGGAGCUGAAUGUGCAGGAGACAGCACUGAUACUCAGCCAUGCAACACUGAAAGCUGCCCGAUUAAUGGCGGAUGGACUAACUAUGGAGACUGGGCAGAGUGCUCUGUUACAUGUGGAGGAGGAUCCCAGUCAAGAACCAGAACCUGCACAAAUCCUGCUCCUCUUCACGGUGGAGCUGAAUGUGCAGGAGACAGCACUGAGACUCAGCCAUGCAACACUGAAAGCUGCCCGAUUAAUGGCGGAUGGAGUAACUAUGGAGACUGGGCAGAGUGUUCUAAAACAUGUGGAGGAGGAUCCCAGUCAAGAACCAGAACCUGCACAAAUCCAGCUCCUCUUCACGAUGGAGCUGAAUGUGCAGGAGACAGCACUGAGACUCAGCCAUGCAACACUGAAAGCUGCCCGGUUAAUGGCGGAUGGACUAACUAUGGAGAGUGGUCAGAGUGCUCUGUUACGUGUGGAAGAGGAUCCCAGUCAAGAACCAGAACCUGCACAGAGCCUGCUUCUGCUCACGGUGGAACUGAAUGUCUGCCCUGUUGAUGGCGGAUGGAGUGACUAUGGAGAGUGGUCAGAGUGCUCUGUUACAUGUGGAGGAGGAUCCCAGUCAAGAACCAGAACCUGCACAGAGCCUGCUUCUGCUCACGGUGGAACUGAAUGUGUAGGAGAAAACACUGAGACUCAGCCAUGCAACACUGAAAGCUGCCCGAUUAAUGGCGGAUGGAGUAACUAUGGAGACUGGUCAGUGUGCUCUAGUGCUCUGUUACAUGUGGAGGAGGAUCUCAGUCAAGAACCAGAACCUGCACAAAUCCUGCUCCUCUUCACGGUGGAGCUGAAUGUGCAGGAGACAGCACUGAUACUCAGCCAUGCAACACUGAAAGCUGCCCGAUUAAUGGCGGAUGGACUAACUAUGGAGACUGGGCAGAGUGCUCUGUUACAUGUGGAGGAGGAUCCCAGUCAAGAACCAGAACCUGCACAAAUCCUGCUCCUCUUCACGGUGGAGCUGAAUGUGCAGGAGACAGCACUGAGACUCAGCCAUGCAACACUGAAAGCUGCCCGAUUAAUGGCGGAUGGAGUAACUAUGGAGACUGGGCAGAGUGUUCUAAAACAUGUGGAGGAGGAUCCCAGUCAAGAACCAGAACCUGCACAAAUCCUGCUCCUCUUCACGAUGGAGCUGAAUGUGCAGGAGACAGCACUGAGACCCAGCCAUGCAACACUCAAGAGUGCCCAAAUGUUGAGGAUUACUCUAGCGACGAUAGUGUCUCUGGUGAUCAUAAGGUCUACCAUUGCUGCUCAGUACAAGGUAACAAUACGUACCUCCGACAUUCCAAAUGCUGGGUCAGACUCAGACUUCUACUACACCUUCCUCGGAAACAAAGGAAGUACUGAAGAGAAAAAAGCAGACAAUAGUAACGACAGACAGAAAGGCGAAACAGAUACUUGGACAUUCUCAGACAGUGCAGAUAUUGGAGAGUUCAGAUGUAUCUUGAUAAGGAUGGACGGAUUGGACGGAUCGGACGGCUGGAUUUUGAAGAGGAUACCAGUUGUAGACGACAGCGCUGAUUACAGCACAUGGAAGAAGAAAGUGCUAAUAUGGCAGCUUGGCACCGCAGCAACAACGAAACAGCAAGCUAGUAAGCUGAUUAUGAACAUGAAAGGUAGACCACAGGAGGUCUCUAUAAACAUGACAUUAAAGGUGCUAGGGGCAGAAGAUGGAGUUGAUAAACUCAUUGCCGAACUGGACAAACUGUAUAAGAAGGACAGUACCCAGUCUUUAUUUAAGGCAAUAGAUGAUUUUGAGGGAUACAGGAGAGGAGAUGGAGAAGAUAUAGACAACUACAUCUUGGAUUUCCAGAGGAGGUAUAAAAUCCUCAAACAGCUGAGAAAGAACGAAGAUCGUUACGAUGACAUGGUAUUAGCGUAUAGACUUUUAAAUCAGGCAACCCUCAAUGAUGAACAGGCUAGAUUGGUUCGAGCAACUUGCACUGCUACAUUAUCAUAUGACCUUAUGCAAGAACAACUAAAAAGGACAUUCGGAGAUGGAUUCACAAGAAAUGAGAACCACUCCAGUUUACCUUUUAAAAGUACUCCUAUGGAGGAAAUGGUAAAGCAGGAACCUGUCUUUCUAGCUGAGGAUUACAAAUUGGGGUCUGACAUUCACUGGACCAGAAAUGGGGAUCAAAGGAAUUUCACGGGUCAACCAAUGAGAGAAGAAAACAGAUAUAACCCUGAUGCUCAGGAUAGAGGACAGCAGAGAUACAACUCAUAUGCUCAAAAACGAGGACAAAAGCUUUAUAUGAGGGGGAGUAGUAGUCCCAAGAAAAAGGGCUACUCAGUCUUUGCAGUUCAACACAAGACGGAGUGUUUCACAGCAGAAGAUGCUCAUGAAACUUUCAAUCAAUACGGAAAUAAAACUAAUUGUGACAAUGGCAAGGGAGGGUCCUGGGCUCAAAACGUUUACCUGGUGACUCGUGAAUUUGAAGGAACGUGGACUAAUUGGGGUAAAUGGUCGAGCUGCUCAACAAUUUGUGGAGGAGGCCACAAGAAAAGGAGAAAAUCCUGCACAAAUCCAGUUCCUCUUUACGGUGAAGCUAAAUGCGGAGUUGAAUCAGGAGACAGCACUGAGACUAAGUCUUGCAACACUGAAAGCUGCCCGAUUAAUGGCGGAUGGAGCAGCUAUGGAGAGUGGUCAGACUGUUCUAAGGAAUGUGGAACGGGAUCCCAGUCAAGAACCAGAACCUGCACAGAUCCUGUUCCUGCUCACGGUGGAACUGAAUGUGUAGGAGAAAACACUGAGGAACAGAAUUGCAACACUGAAAGCUGUCCUAUUGAUGGCGGAUGGAGUGACUAUGGAGAGUGGUCAGAGUGUUCUAAGGAAUGUGGAACAGGAUCCCAAACACGAACCAGAACCUGCACAGAUCCUGCUCCUGCUCACAGCGGGACUCAAUGUGUAGGAGAAAAUACUGAGGAACAGAAUUGCAACACUGAAAGCUGUCCUAUUGAUGGCGGAUGGAGCAGCUAUGGAGAGUGGUCAGACUGUUCUAAGGAAUGUGGAACGGGAUCCCAGUCAAGAACCAGAACCUGCACAGAGCCUGCUUCUGCUCACGGUGGAACUAAAUGUGUAGGAGAAAAGACUGAGGAACAGAAUUGCAACACUGAAAGCUGUCCUGUUGAUGGCGGAUGGAGUGACUAUGGAGAGUGGUCAGAGUGUUCUAAGGAAUGUGGAACAGGAUCCCAGUCAAGAACCAGAACCUGCACAGAUCCUGCUUCUGCUCACGGUGGAACUGAAUGUGUAGGAGAAAACACUGAGGAACAGAAUUGCAACACUGAAAGCUGUCCUGUUGAUGGCGGAUGGAGUGACUAUGGAGAGUGGUCAGAGUGUUCUAAGGAAUGUGAAACAGGAUUCCAAACACGAACCAGAACCUGCACAAAUCCUGCUCCUGCUCACGGUGGAACUGAAUGUGUAGGAGAAAAGACUGAGGAACAGAAUUGCAACACUGAAAGCUGUCCUGUUGAUGGCGGAUGGAGUGACUAUGGAGAGUGGUCAGAGUGUUCUAAGGAAUGUGGAACAGGAUCCCAGUCAAGAACCAGAACCUGCACAGAGCCUGCUUCUGCUCACGGUGGAACUGAAUGUGUAGGAGAAAAGACUGAGGAACAGAAUUGCAACACUGAAAGCUGUCCUGUUGAUGGCGGAUGGAGCAGCUAUGGAGAGUGGUCAGACUGUUCUAAGGAAUGUGGAACGGGAUCCCAGUCAAGAACCAGAACCUGCACAGAGCCUGCUUCUGCUCACGGUGGAACUGAAUGUGUAGGAGAAAACACUGAGGAACAGAAUUGCAACACUGAAAGCUGUCCUAUUAAUGGCGGAUGGAGCAGCUAUGGAGAGUGGUCAGACUGUUCUAAGGAAUGUGGAACGGGAUCCCAGUCAAGAACCAGAACCUGCACAGAGCCUGCUUCUGCUCACGGUGGAACUGAAUGUGUAGGAGAAAAGACUGAGGAACAGAAUUGCAACACUGAAAGCUGUACUGUUGAUGGCGGAUGGAGUGACUAUGGAGAGUGGUCAGAGUGUUCUAAGGAAUGUGGAACAGGAUUCCAAACACGAACCAGAACCUGCACAAAUCCUGCUCCUGCUCACGGUGGAACUGAAUGUGUAGGAGAAAAGACUGAGGAACAGAAUUGCAACACUGAAAGCUGUCCUGUUGAUGGCGGAUGGAGUGACUAUGGAGAGUGGUCAGAGUGUUCUAAGGAAUGUGGAACGGGAUCCCAGUCAAGAACCAGAACCUGCACAGAUCCUGCUCCUGUUCACAGCGGGACUCAAUGUGUAGGAGAAAAAACUGAGGAACAGAAUUGCAACACUGAAAGCUGUCCUAUUGAUGGCGGAUGGAGCAGCUAUGGAGAGUGGUCAGAGUGUUCUAAGGAAUGUGGAACAGGAACCCAAACACGAACCAGAACCUGCACAGAUCCUGCUCCAGCUCACAGCGGGACUAAAUGUGUAGGAGAAAACACUGAGGAACAGAAUUGCAACACUGAAAGCUGUCCUAUUGAUGGCGGAUGGAGCAGCUAUGGAGAGUGGUCAGAGUGUUCUAAGGAAUGUGGAACGGGAUCCCAGUCAAGAACCAGAACCUGCACAGAUCCUGCUCCUGCUCACGGUGGAACUGAAUGUGUAGGAGAAAAGACUGAGGAACAGAAUUGCAACACUGAAAGCUGUCCUGUUGAUGGCGGAUGGAAUGACUAUGGAGAGUGGUCAGAGUGUUCUAAGAAAUGUGGAACAGGAUUCCAAACACGAACUAGAACCUGCACAGAUCCUGCUCCUGCUCACAGCGGGACUCAAUGUGUAGGAGAAAACACUGAGGAACAGAAUUGCAACACUGAAAGCUGUCCUAUUGAUGGCGGAUGGAGUGACUAUGGAGAGUGGUCAGACUGUUCUAAGGAAUGUGGAACAGGAUUCCAAACACGAACCAGAACCUGCACAGAUCCUGCUCCUGCUCACAGCGGGACUCAAUGUGUAGGAGAAAACACUGAGGAACAGAAUUGCAACACUGAAAGCUGUCCUAUUGAUGGCGGAUGGAGUGACUAUGGAGAGUGGUCAGAGUGUUCUAAGGAAUGUGGAACAGGAUCCCAGUCAAGAACCAGAACCUGCACAGAUCCUGCUCCUGCUCACAGCGGGACUCAAUGUGUAGGAGAAAACACUGAGGAACAGAAUUGCAACUCACAAAGCUGCCCGGUUAAUGGCGGAUGGAGUGACUAUGGAGAGUGGUCAGGGUGUCCUAAAGAAUGUGGAACGGGAUCCCAGUCAAGAACCAGAACCUGCACAGAGCCUGCUUCUGCUCACGGUGGAACUGAAUGUGAGAAAACACUGAGGAACAGAAUUGCAACACUGAAAGCUACCCUGUUGAUGGCGGAUGGAGUGAUUAUGGAGAGUGGUCAGAGUGUUCUAAGGAAUGUGGAACAGGAUCCCAAACACGAACCAGAACCUGCACAGAGCCUGCUUCUGCUCACGGUGGAGCUCAAUGUCAAGGGUUGUACGGGACUAGAUCCAACCUGGGAACACGCUGUAACAGUAACACAGUUUCCUGUAGAAGCAGGAGAAGUGAUCAGAGUGAGCUGUAAACUUAGAUAUAUCAACUUAGGAGCACAGACUAUGACAUGUAUUGAUGGAACGAGCUAUGAGGUAGUUGGUACAGAAACAGCAGACCCUCCUAAAUGUAUGAAAACAAGAAAUUGUAGCUUGGGCUGCUGGAACGACAAUUCCCGAAGAGCAAUAGCUGGCGGCAUAAGAUUCAACUCCGCCAAUCCAAUAGAAACAUGUUACAACUUCGCCAAGGAAAAGGGCUACUCAGUCUUUGCAGUUCAAUACAACACGGAGUGUUUCACUGCAGAGGAUGCUCAUGAAAUUGAAACCUACAAGAAAUAUGGAAGAGCAACUAACUGCGAAGAUGGCAAGGGAGGUUCCUGGGCUCAAAACGUUUAUCUGGUGACUCGUGAAUUUGAAGGAACGUGGACUAGUUGGGGUAUAUGGUUGAGCUGCUCCAAGCACUGUGGAGGAGGAACCGAAACACGGAACAGAACCUGCACAAAUCCUGCUCCUCUUCACGGUGGAGCUGAAUGUGCAGGAAACAGCACCGACACUAAGUCUUGCAACACUCAAGACUGUCCAGUUGAUGGCGGAUGGAGUGAAUAUGGAACCUGGUCAGUGUGCUCUAAGGAAUGUGGAGGAGGAACCGAAACACGGAACAGAACCUGCACAAAGCCUGCUCCUCUUCACGGUGGAACUGAAUGUGCAGGAAACAUCACUGAGACUAAGUCUUGCAACACUCAAGAGUGCCCAAGUUGUACGGGACUAGAUCCAGCAUGGAACUACGCUGUAACAGUUACACAGUUUCCUGUAGAAGCAGUAGAAGUGAUCAGAGUGCGAUGUAAACCUAGAUAUAUCAACUUAGGAGCACGGUCUAUGACUUGUAUUAACGGAACGAGCUAUGAGGUAGUUGGCAGAGAAACAGCAGAUCCUCCUAAUUGUAUGAAAACGACUCAGUACAAGGUAACAAUACGUACCUCCGACACUGAAUAUGCUGGGUCAGGCUCAGACUUUUACUACACCUUCCUCGGAAACAAAGGAAGCACUGCGGAGAAAAAAGCAGACAAUUACGGUGACGACAGACAGAAAGGCGAAACAGAUACUUGGACAUUCCAGGACAGUGCACAUAUUGGAGAGUUCAGAUGCAUCUCAAUAAGGAUGGACGGAUGGGACGGCUGGAUUUUUAAAGAGAUUGAGAUAGAAAUAGACGGUUCCCCACAAGCAAACAUCACUAACCAUCUGGGCUGGCUUGACAACGCGGUCCCGUGGCUAUCCAAAGCUGUUUUUUGUCUUCCUGAUAUCAUAGAUAACGGUAACGAGUGUCCCCCCAACUACCCAUUUGCGUUCUUUGGACACAACCGAUGCUGUUCAAAUAACAGUGAGAAACCUUUUGAUAACGAGAUAUCCUAUGAAUUAGGAGAUCAGUGCAAAGGAGGACCUUUAGAAGAGAACAGUCUCUGUUGUAUAGGAGAUCAUGUUGAAUGUUCUGAUAAACCUUGUAUCAGUUACAAAUGGUCAGCGUGUGAAGGGCACAGGUGUGUAAGAAAAACAAACAACAGAGUACUUCUUCCAAUGGGAGAAAGCAUCACCUCUACAAGCGGAAGAAUGAGCUUGGUCAUGGAGACAAAUGGUAACCUUGCCCUGUAUUGCAAUAGUGAUAACAGUAAGGUGUGGGAAACUUAUACUGGAAACAACAUACAAAUGGGUCUUAUAAUAGAGGAAAGUGGCAAAAUGUCUCUCUACGAACAGCUAGGAAAGGAAGCAGUUUGGAGUUCAGAAAACCGGAACGGUUCAUCAGCUGGAUCCCAGUCAAGAACCAGAAUCUGCACAAAUCCUGCUCCUCUUUACGGUGGAAAAGAUUGUAGGGGAGAAGACAGUGAAACUCAAGAUUGCAACCCACAAAUCUGCCCGGUUAAUGGCGGAUGGAGUAACUAUGGAGACUGGUUAGAGUGCUCUGUUACGUGUGGAGGAGGAUCCCAGUCAAGAACCAGAACCUGCAAAAAUCCUGCUCCUCUUUACGGUGGAAAAGAUUGUCAGGGACAAGACUCUGAGUCUCAAGAUUGCAACCCACAAGAAUGUCCAGUUGAUGACGAGUGGAGUAGCUUCACUGAAUGGUCAGACUGUUCUAAGGAAUGCGGAACAGGAACCCAAACACGAACCAGAACAUGCACAAAUCCUGCUCCUGCUCACGAUGGAGCUCAAUGUGCAGGAGACAGCACUGAGGCUCAGACUUGCAACACUGAAAGCUGCCCAAGUUGUACGGGACUAGAUCUAACCUGGGAGCACGCUGUAACAGUAACACAGUUUCCUGUUGAAGUAGGAGAAGUGAUCAGAGUGAGCUGUAAACCUAGAUAUAUCAACUUAGGAGCACGGUCUAUGACUUGUAUUAACGGAACGAGCUAUGAGGUAGUUGAUACAGAAACAGCAGACCCUCCUAAAUGUAUGAAAACAAGGCUGGUUCAUACUUCAUACCAGACUGUCUUAUUGGUAAAACAUGAUUUCAUAGACGAAGCAUUAAAGCCAAUUAUUAUAUAA